AUGUCACACAUUAGUGCGAAACAGAGUGUGUUUAAGUCAAAAGCAUUCCAGGAACUCUCUGAGGACGCCUUGUCCGAGAUACUCAAAGUCGAUGGUCUUAAUAUGGAUGAAGCUGAAAUUAUUAAAUACAUCAAGGAAUGGGCUGCAGUUAAUUCAGUUGUCCUUGGAAGACCAGUGGCAGAUGUAGCUAAAAAUGUUAUACAGUGGGUCAGGCUUCCAAUUCUUACCCCAGAUGAAAUCUCCAAAAUUGAAAAAGAGAACAAAAAAGACAAUAUUGUGACAGUUGAUAUGUUUGCAACUGCAUGGAAAUUUCAUGCUUUAAAUAAACCAGAUGAGGGUAACCCUCUUGCAAAGAAGCGAAUCGGGACACAAGACAGACCACACCAUAAAAACCUCAACGGUUGAUCCAUCGUAACUCGUCCUCGAGUAAAAAUGUAAUCAUCAUUAUCAUAAACCAUCACCAUUAGACGCAUAAUUAAUAUUCAUGAAAAACAGUUCUACGGACAGUGACUUAAGAACUUUCUAUUGUUCUAACCUAUAAGCUUUACCAAUGCUAAAUAGUUGAAAAUGGACUUGGGACUGCCUAUUCUUUAUAGAUGAUGUUAGAAAUUUCAGUUACAAUCUGCUUUAAAUUCAGUAGGCAACAGUAUAGACAUUGGUUUCGUCUUAAAUAUUCAGAAAAUUUGUUGUAUCUCAUUUACAUAUUCAUUUUUAUUUGUAAUGUGUACCAUUUUGAAUAUUCAUUAAGUUGAAAAAAGUAUUUAUAGAAAGAAAAGGGUAAACUUUAAAAAAAUCAAAUCACUCAAACAAUUAAUUACUGAAUGAUUAAAAUCACUUAAUUAAUUUUUGAUGAUUUCAUGAUGAUUUGUAACAUUAUAAAUAAUUGCCGAUUGAUUAUCUCACAUUUUUCACUAUUGAUAUGUAAAGUGAAAUUAUAAUAUUUUUAUUUAUAUAAGAUAUUUUUGUCUGUUUUGAAACUUACAUAUACAUAUAAGUAAUUAUUUAUUGAAAUUCCAUGACUAUAUAUGAUAAACCCUUAGUCUUCUGAAUGUUUCUCAACAGUCUCCUCAGGUUACUUACAUUCAUAAAGGUUCUCAUUGACCUACUUUUGGCUUAAAAUUCAUAUCUUUGGCUAAUACUCCAUGGAAAUUGCAUGGAGAUAAAUUAUCACCACUUUUUACAGCGGAAUCUGCUUUUUUUUGUGACUUAACUGGUGUAUUGACUCUCAUAUACAUACAAUAGUCUUUGCCUACAGCUUGAUACCAGACCAGCACCUAAAAGCAAGUACUUUAGCUUCUUGUCAGUUACCAAACUGUGUGACCCACCUUUUUUUGUUUCUUAAAAAUUGGAUAGUAUUAAAAAUUUAGUCAAGCAGCAUUUUGAGCAGACACUAAUUUUUCCAACAUGCAAGGCUAAGGAGGAUAACAAGUAAAUAUAUAUCUGUAUUUAGUAUAUGCCAUUUCAUGCAUGAUAAAGAUAAUGUUUGAAUGAUUGUUAUUCAAUAGUUACAGUUAUAUAUGAAAUUUCAAGCAAUAUACAUGUAUGUAUUAUAUGGCAAACCAAAGCUAAGAUUGGAAACCAGUCUAAAAAUAAAGCACUGCCAUUGGUCCAUUUCAAAUCUAAUGUCAGUUUGAGCCAAUCAGAUGCUUGUAUUUGAAGACUGGUUCUAGUCCUCAAAUCUUUUUUUAUUAUAUUGUUUAACAUAACCUUUGAACUUUGGCUCAUCAAGUUUAUCAUGGUGUGUGCAUUAACUAUUUCACUAACUUAUGAGAUUAUGAAA